AUGGGCUUUCUGGAAAACUACCAGGAGAUCGACCCGGUCACCCUCAACUUGUGCAUCCUGAUCGCCAGCUACGUCAUCCUGCUCCUCGUCUUCCUUAUCUCGUGUAUCAUGUACGACUGCCGCGGCAAGGACCCCACCAAGGAGUACGCGCCUGACCCGCAGCCCACGCAGUCGCCCAUCCGCCUGGUGGUCAUGCAGAGCUCCCCGGCUCCUAUGGCGCGCUGGGACGCUGCCAACAUGAUCGCCACCUACCACGAGCCCUCGCAUGCCGAAUUCCGGGAGAAGAAGAGCACGAUGGUUUGA